UGUGGAGUGAACGUCGAUCGUCGUCCGUUGCCGCCGGCCAGCUCAGGACAGUGCGAGUGUGUGUUGGGCCUCCAAGCGGGAGUUCGCGCGUAGGACUUUCCUCAUUCUCUCCGCUCAGCCUCCUCCUCCGCCUCCAAGGCUUCAACCACCAUGACCUCGUCCUUGAACGAACAGAUGACAGUAUCGACGACGAUGCUGCCGCACUACGACUCGCCCCUGCCGACGCUGUACGAACCGCAGCCGCAGCCGCCGAAGCCGCGACUCAUGUUCAAGAUGCCCCGAGUCGUCCCCGACCAGAAGUCCAAGUUCGAGUCGGACGAACUCUUCCGCCGACUCGCCAGGGAGACAGAGCAGGUUCGAUACACAGGCUACAGGGACAGGCCAAUGGAAGAGAGACGCCAGAGGUUCCAGGCAGGAGUGAGAGAAGGACACACAGAAGUGGCGUUUAUGACCAACGGAACGAAUAUGUGCUUGCAACUUUCAACAUCCGGGUUUUCGAAUAAUGCAAAAGAAAUUGAUUUUGAUAAAGAGCCAGGAAAGGUCCACCUUCGGUCCCCCUUCAUCAUGAACGGCGUCUGCGUCAGGUGGAGAGGCUACGUGGACCUCGAAAGACUAGAUGGUGUCGGUUGCUUGGAGUUCGAUGAAGAAUCAGCUGCUGAGGAAGACCGCAUCCUUCGGGAGGAGAUCGAGAAGUACAAAGCCCGCCUUCGGGAGUUCGAGGAGAAGCAGCGCGCCUUCAGAGUCCCCACGACAAGCCACGCCCACUCCGCCCACACCCACCCCCACGCCCACACGCACCCACACGCCCACACCGAGCAGGCCAACAUCCAAGUGCGCUAGCAGAUUCUCAGCCUUCUGCAUCGCAAAAGUUGACUUCCACGCAACUAAGAAAUCGUCGAUGUCAGAAGAAAUACCGGACGUACAUACCAGUGUUGUCUGCGUGUAUAUAUAUAUAAUUUGCGUGUGUCAGUGCGUGUGUGCUUUAUCAUUAUUGUUUUUUUUUUUUAAUGAGCAUGUGUGUUUGUGCUUGGCUUUCUUCAAUAUUUUCGUGCAUGACGAAGGAAGAGAGAGUAUUGACCAAUCAUCGGGUCGAUACACGAUGUAGCGCCGCCCACCAUCUCUCUGAAUGGAUGCUAAGGAUGAUGACGUCAUGGGAAUUCCGGCCAAUCAGGAACGACAGAUCUCUACAAGAGCCAAUUCAAAGUGUGAAUGCCAGGCAUCUGAAAAUAGUAAUAACAUUACUAUUGUGUAUAUGACUGCGUGAUUUAAGCGUGACGAAGUGAUUUCCCUGUACAGUGCGUGUAUUUUCACAAUGAUGUACAACGGCGAGAUAUAUCAAGAGAUAGGUUGAUAAAUCUUCGCAUUUUCCCAAAUGUAUUGGAGACUCGAUCUAACACAGGUGUUAGAAACUCAUCUAACAAAAGUCCUGAAGGUUAGUCUAACACAGGCCAUAGGGAGCGGUCCUGCCAAGACAAAAGACUUGAAAAAAAAAGACUUAAAUGAAUACUGGUUUAAGACAGGUUAUGGUAUAAAAACAUGUAAUAUAGGCGCAUUAAGCUGAACCUGCCUAAGCCAGUUGUCGUGUGUGUAUGUGUGUGUGUGUGUGUGUGUGUGUGUGUGUGUGUGUGUGUGUGUGUGUGUGUGUGUGUGUGUGUGUGUGUGUGUGUGUGUGUGUG